AGAAACAUAUCGCACAGGACACCUACAAAACAAACCCUAUACAUUUAUUACACCAUUGGUUUUUAAACCUUAUAUUUUCAACAUCCUUCACCUUCAUGUAAUUAGCUAGCAAAAUCAUUGAAAAAAACAAAUUAACUUUGUUGCUAAUUACCAGAAGCAAUAUGAAUCAAGUUUUGUUUACACUCGUGCUGGCUGAAAUGGCAUUGAUUCUGAGCCUUUUGUUCCAAACCCCUGUGAGGAAGUUGGUGAUCGUGGGGUUAGAUCGAUCGAAGCAAGGGCGAGGGCCCUUGGUGGCGAAGAGCGUGGGAGGAACCAUUCUCGUCUUCUUUAGCUCCACCAUAUAUAGUGUAUUCAGUGUUCAGAAUCGUUUAACAGAGACAGGCUUUGUCAAUCCAACAGAUGAGGUUCUUAUGGCACAUCGUCUCCUAGAAGCAUCUCUCAUUGGGUUUUCCUUAUUCCUGGCAAUGGUUAUAGAUAGACUACACUACUAUAUCAAAGAGCUCUAUCUGCUCCGAAAACGUGUUGAAGAAGUGAAGAAUCUGAAAAAGGAUCAAGAGCACAGGGAAAGUACUGCUCCUGCAGAAGUGAAGAAGGCAACACAGAUGAUAGAUAAGGCAGCCGAAAGCUGACUUAUGAAGAAGAAUAACCAAAUGAGCUAGCAAAAGCUCCCAAUAAUGAAUUCACUGAUUAGUUCACAUUAAUAGUAGAAUUGGUCAAUACCAAAGUUUCUCAUUAAUCCCCAAACAGUAAUUCAAAUCAACAUGGAUUGAUCAUCACUGACAUAUUAAUGCAUACAUAGCUUGCUAAAUUUUAGAUUGCUUCAUAGAAUAGAUGAACUACUAGGGUCUCAUGUAAAUAUAAUACAUACUUACAAAGUGCAAUUUCUUUUA